CAGACUCUCUGCUGAGCUGCAGCUGCUGAGGUGAGUCAGAAUUCUGCUGGGAUCCCCCAGCAAUGGCUAUAAACCUCCCUGCCCAGCGCUCCUCCGGCACUUCACAGAGACUCUCUGGACACCUCCCGCUGCCCAGGGCAGCCCCUCUGCUGAGCAGGAGCUGGUUACAGGGACAGGAAGUAGCCGUGCCGUUCCACGGAACUGGAACUGAACGUACCCAACCGACCCCGCCAUGGCAGCUUCCAACUGGACCACGCCCAACCCCUCCACCUUCAUCCUCUCCGGCAUCCCAGGGCUGGAGGCAGCGCACGUCUGGAUCUCCAUCCCCUUCUGCUCCGUCUACAUUCUGUCCAUCCUGGGGAACGGCCUCCUCCUGGCUGUUAUCAAGACCGAGCCGAGCCUCCACGAGCCCAUGUACCUUUUCCUUUCCAUGCUGGCGCUUGCCGACCUGGUCGUAUCCACCACCACCCUGCCCAAAACCCUCUGCAUUUUCUGGUUCAGAGACAAGGCUAUUCACAUCAACAGUUGCCUGGCCCAGAUUUUUUUGAUUCACUCAGUUACUACCAUGGAGUCUGGGUUCAUGCUGGCCAUGGCCUUUGAUCGCUACGUUGCUAUCUGUAACCCGCUGCGACACUCGGCCAUCCUGACCAAUCGGGCCAUAACCAAGAUAGGGUUGGGCGUUGUGAUGAGGGGAUUCGUGUUAUUAGGCCCACACCCAUUCCUGCUUCAGCGACUCCCGUACUGCAGGACAAGAAUCAUUUCUCACACCUAUUGUGAGUUCAUGGCGAUGGUGAAACUGGCCUGUGCAGACACAACGGUCAUGAGUACCUAUAGUCUAGCAGUAGCGUUUCUUGCCGCGGGAUCAGAUUUUAUCCUCAUUGUCCUGUCCUACAUCCUGAUCCUCUGGGCCGUCUUCAGAUUCCCCUCCAAGAAGGCACGGCAGAAGUCCCUCGGCACCUGCAGUUCCCAUGUCUGUGUCAUGCUGGUGUUUUACAUCCCCGCGCUCUUCAACUUCCUCUCCCACCGCUUCGGCCACGUGGCUCCCCACGUUCACAUCCUCAGCGCCAACAUUUACCUGCUCUUCCCUCCCAUGAUGAACCCCAUCAUCUAUGGGGUGAGGACCCCUGGGAUCAGGCAGAGGGCGCUCCACAUCUUGGGCAUCAAAUCAGCCUGA